AUGUGGACCCUCGCAUCGAAUGCGUUUCUUCCUAAAGAGAAGUAUAAUAAGGAACCCAUAGUCCACACUUGAACCUAAAUUUAAUUCAAUUCAACGUCUUCUUCUCCCCAAACACUCGUUGUCAACUCCUACACUCCCACCGUACCCACCAAUUUCCAAACAUAAUCUCCACCACCCCACCUCCGACUCAAUAUGCUCUCCCAACCCGGGCAGCUCGCGGCCGCAGAGCUAGCAAUCUAUCUCCUUCUCAUCAUCCCUUGCGCUCACGCACUCUACACACACGGCAAGCACGGUCUGGUAGGGUGGUUCUUCAUUGUUGCCUUCUGCUCGCUCCGCAUCAUUGGCUCGGCCCUCCAGAUCAACAACGAGAAGAAAAAUGCCACAUCCGAGGCUACGCAAAUCAUUUCCGGUGUCGGGCUCUCGCCCCUCAUCUUGGGUGUCUUGGGAGUCUUGGCUGAAGCGAAUCAUUAUCUACAAGAGUAUCGAUCGUGGUUGCUAAGAUGGCCAGCGGAAGCAGCACUGCAUCUCAUUGUCGGAGCUGGCCUUGCGUUGGUAGUUGUUGGGAUUAAAGAUGGAAAGGCGCUAGCAAAAGUAGGGUAUGUUUUGUUUGUCGCCGUUUGGGUCGCUCUUCUCGUGUUGACGGUUUUGGCCUGGCGCUCUCAGGCCAGAGGCGUUGAUUCUAGACGCCUUCUUAUCGCCAUCCCUUUUGCUCUUCCUUUCCUUGGUGUUAGGAUUCUCUAUUCUCUCAUCUCCCAAUUCGACAAAGGGAUCAAUGCAUACACGGGUCCUCUUGUAUAUAGAGUAGUUUUGGCUGCACUGAUGGAGUUUAUUAUUAUUACUAUUCUUGCAGUAUUUGGGCUGGCAACGAGGGGGAUUCGGCUUGAAGAGCCGAAUUUGCCGAAAUCCGGAUCCAGAGAGAUCGAAGCUGGGAGAGUUUGAGAGGCUUCUAGUAGAUAUAAUCUGUAACUUGACGAUCUGGAGUGAGCUGGCUGAAUUGUAUCAUGGAGUGAAACAGACAGGAGUGGCUGACGCAUGAAUUUCGUCUCUGUGGCGGCGGAAAAGGUGGACUGCUGAGGCAGAGGAUAUUAUGUGGAAAUAUCUGUAUUUGAAGAAUUAGAUUUUUAUUAUUCGGCGACAGAAUUACCGCUAUUCAGUGAUAUGAGCUCACAGAUCCUCUGGGUGCCUGGAAAGAUUUAACGGGUUCAAUAUUGCUCAUUUAUCGCAGGUUGCGGGUCAUUUCGAAGACUUUUUUUUAUU